AUUAAAAGAGUAAAUUCAGUUUUUUAAAUGAUGAUAAAUUAAUGACUCGUGACAUGUUUCACAGUGUAAUAAACCAUGUUUUUAUUGUGAAUUAUUGUUAUUUGAAAGACAUUGUGUAAUGUUACGGUAAGGUGAUUUAUUAAUGGCGGUUGAACGCCUCCGAGUGUGUCCUCAGGAUUCCUCGGCCGCCGCGGAAGAAGGAGGAGGAGGGAGGGGAGAGAGGCAGGCCGGAGGCCGCCGCAGCUGCGACACUUUCCGGCGUUGUUGAAGCCGAGCCCCGGUGGUGGAGGCGACACCGGCGUACAGCGGCUCCUGCCGGUUGAGCUUCCCCGGCGAGGCGGCGCGGAAGCCGGCUUCAGGUCAGUCACGCCCCCGCCUUGGAUACCGAGCCCCAGCGGCGGUACUUUGGUCGGACUUGACCCGCUCGCUACUCACUUGGCACAGGGCGACACGAGUUCCACCCGGACAGGGGGUGGUGAUGGAUGGCUUUGGGGGUGCGGUUAAAGCGUCAGGCGGGCAGGUGUUGGUCCACACUUUGAAUGGGACUUUGACAUGCAAACACCAGGCACAGAUUACAACUAUCAAACUGGGCAUAGUUUUUCAGACAUGGUGGACACCCAGCAGCUCUUCGCCUGGCCGGUGGGCUUCAGUCUGAGCACCGUGGAUCUGCCCGAGCUGGACGACAGCAGCCACUCGGCGCACAUGACAACGUUGGACUACGCCACCAUUUCCUCCUCUUCCUCCUCCUCCCUGUCGCCCUCGCUGGUGGCCUCCAUGUCCUCCGUCGACGUGGCCUACGACCCAAGUCCUCCGCAGAGUGAGGACCGUUUGACCAACCUGGACUACAUCAGCAUGCACACCUACAGGACCCAGGCAGACGCACACAAUUUCAUCAAGCUGGAGCCAGAGUCGCCUCCUCAACAGGCCGACAGUCCAUCGGUCUCCAAGCUACCGGAUGACACCUCGACUGCAGCACUCAACAUCGAGUGCCGUGUGUGUGGAGAUAAAGCUUCUGGCUUUCACUACGGCGUGCACGCCUGUGAAGGAUGUAAGGGUUUCUUCAGGCGCACCAUCAGGUUGAAGCUGGUGUACGAUCACUGCGACCUCCACUGUCGCAUUCACAAGAAGUCCCGCAACAAAUGUCAAUACUGUCGCUUCCAGAAGUGCUUGAACGUCGGCAUGUCACACAACGCUAUUCGCUUUGGCCGGAUGCCGCAGGCGGAAAAAGAGAAACUUCUAGCGGAGUUCUCAUCGGACAUUGAGCACAUUCAUCCGGAGGCAGCAGAUCUGAGGGCCUUGGCCAAACAUUUGUAUGAAGCCUAUCUGAAGUACUUCCCCCUCACCAAGGCCAAGGCCAGGGCCAUCCUCUCUGGCAAGCACGGAGACAAUGCACCUUUUGUCAUCCAUGACAUGAAGUCUCUGAUGGAGGGCGAGCAGUUCAUUAACUGCAAGCAGAUACCCGUCCAGGAACACCAGCAACAGACCUCCGUCUUUUCCGCCUCAAACGGAGGCGCUUUUCCGGGGUCGGAGUACGGCAUUGUGGGAAUGACAAGCGCGCUCGAGCUGCGUUUCUUCCACAGCUGUCAAUCGCGCUCGGCUGAAGCUGUGAGAGAAGUGACAGAGUUCGCCAAGAGCAUCCCGGGAUUCAUCGACCUGGAUCUCAAUGAUCAGGUGACUUUGCUCAAGUACGGCGUGAUCGAGGUGCUGAUCAUCAUGAUGGCGCCGCUGAUGAACAAAGACGGGACGCUCAUCUCUUAUGGGCAGAUCUUCAUGACGCGGGAAUUCCUCAAGAGUCUCAGGAAGCCAUUUUGCCAACUGCUGGAGCCCAAGUUCGAGUUCUCCGUCAAGUUCAACAUGCUGGAGCUUGACGACAGCGACAUGGCGCUCUUUCUCGCCGUCAUUAUCCUCAGUGGAGACCGCCCGGGCCUCCUGAACGUGAAGCCUAUCGAGCAGCUGCAGGAGACGGUGCUGCACUCGCUGGAGCUGCAGCUCAAAGUCAACCACCCGGACUCUCUGCAGCUCUUCGCCAAGCUCCUCCAGAAGAUGACCGACCUGCGGCAGAUCGUCACCGACCACGUGCACCUCAUCCAGCUCCUGAAGAAGACCGAGGUGGACAUGUUCCUGCACCCGCUGCUGCAGGAGAUCAUGAAGGACCUGUACUAGAGGGAGAAGCGAGCACUGAGACGGUGUAUUGCGAAAGGGAAUCCUUCUGCCUUACGACGAGAGGAGGUGACAGAAAUUGAGAAAGAGAUGAGGAAGAAGGUCAGGAGUGUUGGAAGCCGUCUAGACGGCCACAGCAGAAGCUUGCAAAACCACCGCUUGCUGUCCCAAUCAGGGCGAGGGGCCGCCCCGUCGGUAAGGCAGGCCCUCGCGCUUUGAUUGGCAGACUCCACCGAGUGCCUUGGAGGUUCAUAUAACUGUGAAGAUUCGACACCACGUGCCGCACAGCAGUGUGUGUUUGUGUGUGGGGAUGACCUCGUGUUAGGGUCCUGUUUACAUGCACACAACUAUAGCCUAUCAAAAGUCAUUUUAUUACAUCUUCUCAAGGGAUAAUACCACUUCUUGCCCUGCAAAAAGUCAGUGUUCAAAAACAAGAAAAAAAAUACAAAAAUGAGGGGUAUUUUAUUUGAACUAAGCUAAAUUAUCUGCCAAUAGAACAAGAAAAUUCGGCUUGUCAAGACUUUCCAAAACAAGUAUAAUUAGCUAACCUCAAUGAACCCAAAAUACCUUAAAAUAAGUAUAUUCUCACUAAUAACAAGUGCAUUUUUCUUGGUAGAAAAAAAAAGAGACCUUUUUGCUCAAUAUGUUGAAAAAUAUUCUUAAAUGAAGUAAAUGCUAGUGCCAUUAUCUUGACAUAAUGAUAUGCACUCGGCAUCAUGAUAUUUUUUUUCAUGCUUGAAGUAAGAAAUUAUUACUUUAAGAAAGUAGUUUUAUACUUGUGAGUAGAGAUGUCCGAUAUUAUCGGCCGAUAAAUGCUUUAAAAUGUAAUAUCGGAAAUUAUCAGUAUCGGCUUUUUUAUUAUCGGUAUCGGGUUUUUUUGUGUUUUUUUUUUUUUUUAAUCAAAUCAACAUAAAAAACACAAGAUAAACUUACAAUUAGUGCACCAACCCAAAAAACCUCCCUCCCCCAUUUACACUCAUUCACACAAAAGGGUUGUUUCUUUCUGGUAUUAAUAUUCUGGUUCCUACAUUAUAUAUCAAUGUAUAUCAAUACAGUCUGCAAGGGAUACAGUCCGUAAGCACACAUGAUUGUGCGUGCUGCUGGUCCACUAAUAGUACUAACCUUUAACAGUUAAUUUGACUCAUUUUCAUUAAUUACUAGUUUCUAUGUAACUGUUUUUAUAUUGUUUUACUUUCUUUUUUAUUCAAGAAAAUGUUUUUAAUUUGUUUAUCUUAUUUUAUUUUAUUAUUUUUUUUAAAAAGGACCUUAUCUUCACCAUACCUGGUUGUCCAAAUUAGGCAUAAUAAUGUGUUAAUUCCACGACUGUAUAUAUCGGUAUCAGUUGAUAUCGGUAUCGGUAAUUAAGAGGUGGACAAUAUCGUAAUAUCGGAUAUCGGCAAAAAAGCCAUUAUCGGACAUCCCUACUUGUGAGUGUUGAUGACACAGCUUUGCAACAGUUGAUAUUCUAGUUUCAAGCAUGUUUUACUCAAUAUAGGUCAUAAAAUCUCAGCAACAAGCUGUAAUAUCUUACUGAGAUCAUUUAGGACCAUCCAUCCAUCCAUCCAUUUUCUACCGCUUAUUCCCUUUUGGGGUCGCGGGGGGCGCUGGAGCUUAUCUCAGCUACAAUCGGGCGGAAGGCGGGGUACACCCUGGACAAGUCGCCACCUCAUCGCAGGGCCAACACAGAUAGACAGACAACAUUCACACUCACAUUCACACACUAGGGCCAAUUUAGUGUUGCCAAUCAACCUAUCCCCAGGUGCAUGUCUUUGGAGGUGGGAGGAAGCCGGAGUACCCGGAGGGAACCCACGCAGUCACGGGGAGAACAUGCAAACUCCACACAGAAAGAUCCCGAGCCCGGUUUUGAACCCAAGACUACUCAGGACCUUCGUAUUGUGAGGCCGAUGCACUAACCCCUCUGCCACCGUGACCAAAACCCUUAAAACAAGUAAAACACUCUAACAUAAAAUCUGCUUAGUGAGAAGAAUGAUCUUAUCAGACAGAAAAUAAGCAAAUAUCACCCUUAUUUGAGAUAUUUAAUCUUACUUAGAUUUCAGUUUUUGCAGUAUGGGAGUCCGUCGUCUCAUAUGUGAUACAGAAUAUGGCACAGCCACACAGUUCAAUCAACCAAUCAAAGUUUAUUUAUAUAGCCUUUAAUCACAAGUGUCUCAAAGGGCCGCAUAAGCCACAACGUUGCUCUGUUUCGCAUCAAAAGUGCAGUCUUCACACUGCAUACCAGGCUCUCAAUGGCAGGUUUUUGUCACUAAGGAAAUUCAACAAGUAAAGUAAACAAUGAAAAAUGACAAGUAACACCACUUCGCUAGUGGUCAGUACCUGCAGGAAUUCAGGUGCAUUUUUUUGUGAUUAUUGUGGCAAAAGUUGCAAUGUUUUUAGAAGGUUAUUUUUUUCAAUAACUAGGAACCAACUUUUAUACAUUUUUGUUAUUAAUGUGUAAGUUGUGACGAUCUGUCACUCCAUUUUUGUUUGUUGCCUUGUUUUUGUAUUUACUUCCCAUCAGUGCUCUUAUUUUGGCAGGCGGUCCACACCUGCGUGUCCUAUUUAUGCCUUGUCUCGCGCACUCCUCAGCGCUCGACGAUCAUGUGAGGAACUCGCAUGGCUGCGGUUUUUGAGACCCCAAGAUGCAGGAACCAGCAGACGAUGAGAAGGUAAGAUGAUUUUUAUUAUCAUCAACAGAAAUAAAGCAGUCUUGCACAUAAACGUUCCACAACAUAAGGCGAUCUUCGAGCGCUGAGGAGUGCUCGAGACAAGGCAUAAAUAGGACACGCUGAUUGGCAUUAGGUGUGGACCGCCUGCCAAUCAACGGCAGGUGAGUGGUCAAACACUGCUCAGGGACAAACAGGAAAUGAAACAAAAGAAGAGCACUAAUGGGAAGUAAAUACAAAAGCAAGGAAACAAACAGAAAUGAAGUCACAUAAGUGUUCCUCGUAACCUCCGUCAAUCCAUUUUCUACCGCUUAUCUCGUAACCUUAACCUCAAAAAGCGCUUAAAUUGCAACAAAAAUUGGAAAACAAAAACAAAUAUUGAUGUUUUACUUGUUUUAUGCCGCACAGAAAGUAGACACUAGAUGGCAGUAAAAACACAUACUCAGAGCUCAUUGGAGAUUUACUGUACUGUUUUAAUUACAAUACCCACAACCAGUGAAGUCGGCACCUUGUGUAAAUGGUAAAUAAAAACAGAAUGCAAUAAUUUGCAAAUCCUUUUCAAUUUAUAUUCAAUUGAAUAGACUGCAAAGACAAGAUAUUUCAUGUUCUGAGAAACUUUUUUUUUUUUGCAAAUAAUCAUUAACUUAAAAUUUAAUUGGAGCCACACAUUGCAAAAAAGUUGGCAUUUAUUUAUAUGAGACAAUCCAAACAACCUCCCCUAGUCAUGGUGCAAGAAUUUAACAAAAUGUAACUAACAUGAAGAUCAACACACAAGGUCACACUUAAUACAACCUGCUCACUGAUCAUUGUGGAUAUUAUGAAAACACCAUAAAAAAUUACACCCAUCUAAAUCCACUAGAGUGCAUGAUGGAAAAAAUUGUAAAACACUCUCUCCACUCUCUCCAAUUUGAUAUCCACCGACCGUGGAAAUGAUGUAUCCAUUAUAUCAAUUUAACAUGUACACACUAGGGCUGCAACUAACGAUUAAUUUGAUAAUUAAUUAAUCUGUCGAUUAUUACUUUGAUUAAUCGUUUAAUAAUAGGAUAAAAGAGACAAAUUACAUUUCUAUCCUUUCCUGUAUUUUAUUGAGAAAAAAAACAGCAUACUGGCACCAUACGUAUUUUGAUUAUUGUUUCUCAGCUGUUUGUACAUGUUGCAGUUUAUAAAUAAAGGUUUAUUAAAAAUUUUCUUUUUUUUUAUUAAUAAUUUGCCUCUGCGCAUAGCAUAGAUCCAACGAAUCGAUGACUAAAUUAAUCGCCAUCUAAUUUUAUACACAAUCAGUUGUUGCAGCCCUAGUACACACACACAUAUAUAUAUAUAUAUGUAUGUAUAUAUAUAUAUAUAUAUAUAUAUAUAUAUGUAUAUAUAUAUAUAUAUAUAUAUAUUUAUGUAUGUAUGUAUAUAUAUAUGUAUGGGAUUUUUCCCUGAAGAGCAGGGAAACAGGCUUGUAGGGAUGAAAUAGCCUCUGUGUUUUUUCCUGACCUAA